AUGAUAUUAAAAACAAGGCUGGAUUCAAUUGAACUAUUGAGAACAAGAAAUAAUGCUGAUAGAAGAAAAAAAUUCAAAAAAAGUCCAUCAUUACCACCGACAACUACAUCGAAUGUCAGUCAGUCAUCCAUUACCUUUUGCUCCAAUACCACACCAAAAAAUGUAACAGCAUCAGUAGCUCAAUGGACACUUGCUCAUCAUGAAAGAUAUAUAGUUGAUUCAAUACAACGUUGGUGUAAUGAUAAUAAAGAAAAUUUGAAUUUAAACGACUUUACAUUGAUAGACGGUCAACAAUAUCGUUUAGCAGUUAAGAAUUAUUUGAAUGGUACGUUGACUGCCGAUAUCAAUUGUGAUUGUGGUAACUUAUUCAUAUUGACGAAAAGUCGUGGAAAAUUUCAACUUUCAAAUUAUUAUAGACAUUUGAAAGCUGUUAAAUCAUAUAAAGUAAUGAAGGAAAUAAAAAAUAAUGACAAAUCAUUGACAUUAUCAAUAAAUACCCAAUCACCAUCCAUUGAUUUAUCGCCAACGCCACCAAUACUCUCCGCAUCCAUAUCAUCACUUUUGACAUCAUCAUCAGUUGAUCACACAAAUAGUCAACACAAUGUUAGUACCUCAUCGAUUACAUAUUCAGGAAGUGCUAGAGCAAAAAGACGUAUCAAUUCAACUGAAUCAGGUUCAGCUUCUUCAUUAACAAAAAAACGUCGAACACAUCAAGACUUUUUAUAUGAUUGCCAUCCCGUGGGGUCUCUCGGAGUCAAGUGGAGUCAAGUGGAGUCAAGCGGAGUCAGUUGA